GAGAGAGAGAUCAGCAGACAGAUUCUGCAAAGAAUUAAAUGGGUAGAUCAGAGGAAGAAGAAGACAAAAAGAUGCAGAAAAUGGAUCUCUCUUUGAAGAUUAAUCAUCAUAGUGAAGAACACCAAGGAGCAGAUCAGAAGAAGGUAGAAGAAGAUGACGAUAAGGAAGAAAUAUUGGCAAAAGCAGUGAAGGUUGACGAACAAGAAGCUCCUCAUCAUGAAGCCGCCACAGCUGCACAAAAUCAGACAGAAGAACGAGUACCAGAAGAAGAUGAUAAUAAUGGAUCAAUGGUACAGAACACUAAAGCAAGAGAGGAGUUAAGUGUGCUACAAGUGGAGACAGAUCGCAUGAAAGAAGAAAACAAAGUUUUAAAGAAAGUAGUGGAACAAACCAUGAAAGACUUCUACGAUCUUCAGAUGAAACUCGCAAUCAUCCAGCAGAACCACAGCAAACACAAUAAGGAUCCUGAUCAUCAGAUCUCUCUGCCACUUCAAAACAGUGGAAAUCCUGUUGGCAGUGAUGAGAAUGAUCAUAUAAAGAAGAUUGGAUUGGGAUUAUCACUGAGGUUACAGACAAGUGAAGCGGAAGAUGAUGAAGCUAAAAGGGAAGGACAGGAGUCUAAGAAGAAGGAAUUCUUAGAAUUGAUGACAAGUAGCUUUGGAACAUUAUCAUCAGUGCAAAACAAAAUACCUCGGACUAAUAUUCAUCACGAGUCGCCAGCUUCUGGUCUCAGUAAUGCUCAUGUUGCUUCUUCUUCUUCGUCUCCAAAUAGGAAGGCUAGGGUUUCUGUUAGAGCCAGAUGUGCAGCAGCCACUAUGAAUGAUGGGUGCCAAUGGAGAAAAUAUGGACAAAAAAUUUCCAAAGGAAAUCCAUGUCCUCGUGCCUAUUAUCGUUGCACUUUUGCCCCUGGCUGUCCCGUCAGAAAACAGGUGCAGAGAUGCUUAGAGGACAUGUCCAUUCUAAUAACAACGUACGAAGGAACACACAACCAUCCUCUUCCCGUAGGUGCCACAGCCAUGGCUUCCACUGCUUAUGCAGCUCAUUACAAUAACAAUAAUACCUUUCUCCCAUCACCAAACCCUAAUAUUGACCCUUCCAAAGGACUCAUCCUUGAUCUAACUUCAACCCCCUUAUCUUCUUCAUCAUCAUCACAGCCCAGAUUUUCUUGGACACCAAACACAACCAAUAGUUUUCCCAGUUCUGUACAAGAAAAUAAUCACAGUGUUUCUGCGAUUGCUUCAGAUCCUAAGUUUAGGGUUGCUGUGGCGGCUGCGAUAACAUCCAUUAUUAAUAACAAAGACAUCAAUCAUAGUACUGUUACUAAUAAUAAUAAUGAUAAUAAUCCUUCAGCGGGGACAACGUUGUCGACGGCUUCUUUUGUUGGUGCUGGCAAUAAUAUUAAUAAUGGAAGAAGCUCUGGUAGUAGCAGCAGUAACAGAUGGAUCUUAGAGUCCCUCUCAUCAUCACCAAAAGGGAAGACCCAGUUGUAAGAUUAAGCAUGGAGGAGGAUAUUAUUCUGAUUCAUUUGUUUCUUUUGUUUUUUCCCCCUUGAAAUUACUUUUUCCUAUAUUUUUUUAAUUUACAUACAUAUACGUAUAUAGGCUUAAUAUAUGAAGAAAGUUUUAAUUACUUUACGUAUGCAAGUAAUUGAAGCUAAGUGAAGUGUGAAGAUACUGCAAAUCUGUUGUGUUGUGUAGAUCUUUUCGUGUACUGUACUCAUUCCUGGA